AUGGUGUGCCUGUGGUUCCCCGGAGGCUCCUGGAUGGCCGCUCUGAUGGUGAUGCUGAUGGCACUGAGCCCUCCCCUGGCUCAGACCAGGGACACACCAGCGCAUUUCCUGUGGCAGCAUAAGGCCGAGUGUCAUUUCUCCAACGGGACGGAGCGGCUGCGGCUCCUGGACAGAUACUUCCACAAUGGGCAGGAGUUGGUGCGCUUCGACAGCGACGUGGGGGAGUUCCGCGCGGUGACGGAGCUGGGGCGGCGGAUUGCUGAGGACUGGAACAGCCAGAAGGACUUCCUGGAGCAGAGGCGGGCCGCGGUGGACACGUACUGCAGACACAACUACGGGGUGUUGGAUGGAUUCCUGGUGCAGCGGCAAACUGCACCCACAGUGACCGUGUCCCCUGCAAAGACCCAGCGCCUGCAGCACCACCACCUCCUGGUCUGCUCCGUGACCGGCUUCUACCCGGGCCACAUUGAGGUCCACUGGCUGCGGGACGGCCGGGAAGAGCAGGCCGGGGUGGUGUCCACGGGCCUGAUCCGGAACGGGGACUGGACCUUCCAGAUGCUGGUGAUGCUGGAAACAGUGCCCCAGAGCGGGGAGGUCUACACCUGCCAAGUGGAGCACCCCAGCAGCACCAGCCCCAUCAGCGUGGAAUGGAGGGCCCAGUCCGGAUCCGCACGGAGCAAGGUGCUGAGUGGGGCCGGGGGCUUCGUGCUGGGGCUGCUCUUCCUCGGGGCGGGGCUGCUCAUCUCCUUCAGGGCGCGGAAAGGACACUCUGGACUUCAGCCCACAGGGCUCCUGAGCUGA